CUACAUUUUUUUUUGGCCCUUGAAGGAGUACAAAAAGGACCAAAACCCUACCAUCUCGCUCUCUCUCUCUCUCUCUCUCUCUCUAGGCACUUUCUCUCUCUUCAUCACGUCUAUUAAUCUAUCUUUUCGGCUCCCAAUCCUGGCACUCUCUCUCUCUCUCUCUUCGUGGAAGGAAGACAGCCUUUGUUUUCAGUCUACUGGUUCUCUGCAAUCGCAAACAAUAGUAAAUUGACAUUCUUUUGCCCUCAUCUGUGCUAUAGAACAAUCGUCACUUAGGCACAGUUUGCAAGCUUUGAUGACUGAAUCCCCAUUUCUGGUCAAUUCUCUGCAAUAUCACCAUGGGAGCAAGCCGCAAACUCCAGGGGGAGAUCGAUAGGGUGUUGAAGAAGGUUCAGGAAGGCGUUGAUGUCUUCGAUAGCAUUUGGAACAAGGUAUAUGACACUGAGAAUGCAAAUCAGAAGGAGAAAUUUGAAGCAGAUUUGAAGAAGGAGAUUAAGAAACUCCAAAGGUACAGGGACCAGAUCAAGACAUGGAUUCAGUCCAGCGAAAUCAAGGACAAGAAAGUUAGUGCGUCUUAUGAGCAGGCUCUAAUGGAUGCCCGCAAGCUCAUAGAGCGUGAAAUGGAGCGAUUUAAAGUUUGCGAAAAGGAAACUAAGACAAAGGCCUUCUCAAAAGAAGGGCUAGGCCAACAACCGAAAACUGACCCGAAAGAAAAGGCCAAAGCAGAGACAAGGGAAUGGUUAAACACUGCGGUGGGAGAUUUGGAGGGUCAGAUCGACUGCUAUGAAGCUGAAGUUGAGGGCCUAUCUGUAAAGAAAGGAAAAACAAGACCUCCUCGGCUGACGCAUUUGGAGGAAUCUAUUACCCGGCAUAAGGCUCAUAUCAUGAAGCUAGAAUUGAUUUUGAGACUUUUGGAUAAUGAUGAAUUGAGUCCUGAACAAGUAAAUGAUGUUAGGGAUUUCGUGGAGGAUUACGUUGAGCGCAAUCAGGAGGACUUUGAUGAAUUUAGUGAUGUCGAUGAGCUGUACAACUCAUUACCAUUGGACAAAGUGGAAGCACUUGAAGAUCUAGUUGCCAUUGGUCCCCCUAGCCUCGUUAAGGGUGUUGGUUCUUCCACAGCAGGCAGUGGGAUUUUAAGCAUGAAGAGUUCUGUUACAGCUUCACCUACUCAGCUAUCUCAAGGAAGCACCGUUAGGGACCACACUGAAGAAACAGCUUCCCAAGAUAGUAAUUCUGAUACCCUACCUAGGACGCCUCCUUCUUCCAAAAGUGGCAUCCUGAGUUCUUCAAAUCCCUCGGCUCCUUCAGGAAUCAGUUCUGGUUUGGCAACGGGGGUUAAUACAACUACUUCCAGUGCUGGUGUUCUUGCCCAUGGCUUAGGUGGGGUAACCCUCACUUCAUCAGUGCUUCCAAGUCCAGGACCUGCACGCAGUAUCUUGGAAUCUGGUGCUUCAGCUCCAUUGUCACCUAUAACUCAGGCCAAUUCUACUAAAGAGGAUGAUAGUCCGAACCUUCCAGGAAGAAGACCAUCUCCAGCUCUUAGUGAUGUUGGGUUAGCAAGAGGUACUGGAAGGGGUAUUCCCUCAAGUCAACCAUCAGCUAGUGUUCCCUUGAGCUUGAGUUCAGGUGGUGGAGCCCUUGGCACAGUUCCUGCAAUCUCUGAAUUGGCAAAGAGAAGUAAUGCAGGAACAGAUGAAAGAAUUGGAAGUGGAGUUCAGCAGCUAGUUUCUCCUCUGACCAAUAGAGUUCUAUUGCAACAACCGAUCCCUAAGUCCAAUGACAGCUCUGGUUCAACUGACACCAGCAGUGUUGUGGAGGGUGCUACCUUAAGUGGGAGAGUUUUCAAUCCUUCAGUUGUUUCAGGAGUGCAGUGGAGACCUCACAGUGCGAGUUCAUUACAAAAUCAGACCGAGGCGGGACAGGUUAGAAGACCUGAAUUCGCACCUGAUCAGAGGGAGAAAUAUCUUUACCGCCUCCAGCAAGUACAACAGCAAGGUCACGGUACCCUUCUUGGAGGACCUCAUCUUCCUGGUGGAAAUCAUAAACAGUUCAUUACCCAACAACAAAGCCCCCUUUUGCAGCAGUUGAAUUCUCAAAGCUCAUCUGUAUCAGGACAAGCCGGACUAGGUAUUGGUGUUCAAUCCCAGGGCUUCUCUACUGUGACUUCUGGUUUACAACUGCAGCUGAGUACUGUGCAACAGGGAUCUGCUCAAAAUGCCAUGGUUUCAAGUGGAAUAUUGAAAGAUUCUGAUGUCUCUGGGAAAUUAGAAGAUCAACAAUCCCAGCAGAAGCCAUCAGAUGAUUCAAAUGUGGAUCCUACUACAAGCUUAGCAUUCACCAGGAACCUGAACAAUGAGGAGGAAUUAAAGAGUUCAUACACAUUAGAUACCCCUGUUUCAGGUCCUAGCUCACUGGCUGAAAGUCAAAUGCCCAGAGAUACAGAUUUAUCUCCAGGGCAACCUUUACCAUCAUCCCAAUCGUCAGUUGGCCUUGGUGUUAUUGGUCGAAGAAGCAUUUCAGAUCUUGGUGCCAUCGGUGAUAAUCUUAGUGGAUCAAGUGCAGCUUUGGGAGCAGUGCAUGAUCAUCUAUAUAAUCUACAAAUGCUUGAAGCAGCUUGUUACAACAAGCUCCCACAACCAAGUGACUCAGAGCGCACAAACAAAUAUGUCCCUAAGCAUCCUGCUGCAACCCCUUCAAGCUACCCUCAAACUCAGGCUCCCAUCAUUGAGAACCCUGCCUUUUGGGGGAGAGUGGACUCUGAUACAUUGUUCUUUGCAUUUUAUAACCAACAGAACACUUAUCAGCAGUACUUGGCUGCAAGAGAGUUGAAAAGGCAGUCAUGGAGAUACCACAAGAAAUACAAUACUUGGUUUCAGCGGCAUGAGGAGCCAAAAAUAACAACACAUGAUUUUGAACAGGGAACAUAUGUCUACUUUGAUUUCCACAUAACAAAUGAUGAGUUCCCGCAAGGGUGGUGCCAAAGAAUCAAAACUGAGUUCACAUUUGAGUACACCUACCUUGAAGAUGAGCUUGUCGCAUAGCCAUGCAGCCUCCAUACAUCAUCACCAGUGUCCGUGUAGAAACAAAGAAACUGGCUCUCAGUCUUUCUGCAUUGAAAGAAGUUAAAGGUUUUAGCUGAUUUGAACAGGGUGCGAAGUCACUUGGAGCGACUGGUUCUUUGGUUUCUAUGUACAUUUCUCCUUCGGGUUUCGGCUGUGGCAUCGGAGCCCAGGGUUUCGAUGCAUCGUGGUCCUCUAUCUGUGCAAGGGGAGCACAAUGGAAGUGACAAAAUCUUGGAUUGAGCCCUAGAAAUUGGUGUUGUAUGGAUGGAUUUUUUCGUGUAAAGUGUUUGAAACCUUCUCUUGAUCCCAUGUUAUUCUUUUUCUAGUCUCUAAUGAAUAGUGACUCUCUCUGUCUUUCCCUAUCUUUUUGAAGUAUUAAACACUCCGGACUUCAGUGA